AGCAGUUCGCGAGCGGCGGUGUUUUAGUGCAGUGUGUUGAGUGGCUUAAAGUGCUGGCUUGUUUAGAGGCUUAAAAACAAUUUUCGACCUGAAAGAAGUGCAUAUAGGUAUAGGUUCUCCGAAAACUUUAAAGCAUUCCGCUGCAUCGGGACUAUAUUUGCAUUACCAUAUACAUUUUUGUACGCGGAUUGGGGGGCGUGGCAUGUCGACGGUGGACAAUGAACCCGCCCACACAGCAAGGACAAUAACUUGAGACUGGAUUGGACCGGACUGGCAUGCCAGUCAGCAGGAGGGGCAGCAUGAGUUCGCCUUUUUGGAGCGAUGCCAGAUAUGGAAUCGCAGCGGCCCUAAAAUCCACAUAACUCCACUGCGAUAAGUUUCGAUAAGUUGGCAAUAAUCGGGCGAAAUGGGCAGUUUGCCGAAUCUUCACGAGCUGGAGGAGGCGGAGCGCAAGCGGGAGAAGCGGCGCGAGUACGAACUUUUGCUGGAGCAGCGGGCCCGGGACACAAGUCGCGAGCGGGAGCGACUCUCCGCUUUUGCCCAGCAGCGCAAGCAGCAAUCCUCGUAUAAUGCCUAUAUAAUGGCUGGUCUGGGGAUUGGCGGAGGCUCCUUGAGUCUCAAUGCCGCCGGAGGAACAGGAACAGCGGCUACCGGAAACGGAGAGCUGCCCAGUGGCAAUGGAACUACUGCUGGGAAGUCGCAGAACCAGGCGGCGGGCACAGGAUCUGGAUUGGCCACCAGUUCGGGUGCCCCGGUGGCCACCACCGGUGGCUUUGCGAUGCUGGGAAUGAGCAAGAAGUACGCACCACACUCGCAUCACCAUCAGCAUCAGCAUCACCACCAGCACCGCCAUUCGCUGACCACCAGGCACCGUGUGCUCCGGACCCGCAGCUCUGGAGGAGCGCAUAACGUCUGGGACGAGCAGAUGAUGGAGCAGCACCUGACCACAUACUCGCCGUCGCCCAUUUCGACCCGUUCACAUCGGAUAAAUCCCGUUUCCUCGUACCAGGUGCAGGCUGCUCUGGCGGCCUCGCGUCGCCGGGAGUCCAUAAACAGCUCCAUUGGGGCCACCUCCAUCCGGCGCUUGAUAACGCUCAAUAACCGGAAUUGCCGGCACAAGGUGCCCGCCCAAGUGCGUCAGAAAGUGUGGCGCCAGUUCAGCUGCUUGAGCCUGGCCCACGGAUUGAUGAACUGCGUCCUGCUCCCGGUGAUGGCACUGCAGGGCUCGAAUGCGGUGUGGCACCAUCGGGAGCAGUGGCUGCCCCUCGGACCGGAGAUUGGAUCCCUGCUGCUGAGCGCUCUGUUCCUGGUGGCCGCCGGGAUGAGCCUGCCCAGCAUCCGACUGAUGAAACGAUAUGGCUAUGGGUACCUUUUGGUGGCCAACUAUUUGGCGGUGGUGCUUUUCCUCCUGUCGCAUCUGUACGCCUCCAUUUACACCCUUCUGCCGGCCUAUUUGCUGCUCGGCGUGACCUUGGGCGGAUCUGGUGGCUCCAAGGCGGCCUUGAUUGUCCACUUCGGAGGAAAGUUGAGCUGCUCCUGCGAGUCGCAGCAGUCGCAUGCGGCGGUGGAUGUGUUGCAGGAGGAGCACAAGAUGUUCUGCAAUCGGGAUCAGAAGGUGCGACGCCUGGCCAGGUGGUUCAGGGUCGCCCAGGAUCUGGGACUCAUCGGAGGAGCCCUUCUGGCCUCCAUUUUGCUGGCCUGCAGCGAUGGAGACUUCACGGGAGAUUGCUCGGGACUGGUUUACUAUGGAAACGAGAGCUGGCCGCCGCAGCUGAGGGACUUCUACAACCGGAAUGAGCAUGGCGACCGGAUCUGUGGGGCGGACAUGUGUCCGCUGAGGGUGAAAUCGCUCCUGGCAGCGGGAUGGGCCAAUGGCAGCUCCAUACCCAGCUCGGUCUAUGCUGGCUUCAUCGAAAGUGAGCCCCGGGUGGCCGGGCAAUCCCUUCUCUGGCUCUAUGUCCUGUUCUCGCUGAUCUCCUUGAUGCUUUCCCUGAUGAUAAUGGUGGACAAGGUCCAAACGACGGCCUCGUCGCGGCCGGAGCGCUUGAGGGACGUGAGCAUCACGGAUACGCUGCUCUUUGCCGGUCCCUUGGCCUAUUUCGUGGGCACGGAACAGGCCUACAUGUUGGGCGACUUCCUGCGGGCCUUCGUCACCUGCUCCUUGGGCAUUGGCAUGAUUGCCGGCGCUCUGAUUGGCAUGGGUCUGAUGCAGCUCAUCGUCUCCUGCACUCUGAGCAUGCUACUCCGGCAUGUCAAGAGGAUCGUCGUGAUUCUGGCUGGUUUCUUCUUCCACUCCUGCCUGCUGUUGGCCUUGUCCAGCUGGAAGCCAUCGAGCGACGAUAGUGCCCUGUUCUACGUGAUCGCCGCCUCCUGGGGCGCCUGCAACGGGAUGUGGGAGACGCUCCUGCUCUCGCUGGUCACCCUCAACCAUGCCAGCCAUGUGCCCGAGGUGCAGGCUCCCCUGCAGGCCCUCCGCUUCCUCGGACUGGGAUUGACCUUCGCCGGACACGGCUUUCUUUGCGAGUCGCUGAAGAUCAUUGCCUUGGUGGUGCUCCUGGUGAUCAGUGUGCCUCCGUACGCCACCCUGGAGAUCCGACUGGAGGCGCAGCGCAAGGCAACGCUGGUCAGCUUAUGACGCAGCAUCUUCAGCUAGUCCCGACGAAUGCGACGGGAUGUCGUUGCCCGGACGCACACCAUGUGACAUGUUCCGGAUACGGAUGCGGGUACGGGUACGGGUACGGACACGGAACCGGAUCCGCGGCCAGACCUCCUCCAAUCGCAACCUGUCAGUAUUGAACGAGAGACACAAGUCAAGCGACGCAAGCUACACUUCAGUAUUUCCAAGUUCUGCGGUCGGAAGUCGAGGGCCAUGGACAGGGAUACGGUAUAAGUAUCUGGGAACUCCAACUGGGAUUUAGGAACACCCAUUUAGGAGACGAUACCUGUAACUAUUAAAACCCCAAUCGCCUCUCGACUUCCGACCUGCGGGCCUAGAGGAUAAGACUAGCUCAUAAGAUUGAUCUAUACCCAUGUGCGAGGGGAACUCCCCUUCGAGAUGUGUGCAUUCUCAAUUUGUAGCAUUUGCCAGUGCCAGUAAUGUUGUUCCAUGUCUAUAACUUAUCUAUCAAAUAGAAAGAGCGAGAGGGGAGGAGAGCUUUAUGAGCCACAAUAAGCAUGUAGCAUGUAGAACGUUAUAUUUAUCCGAUCUGAGAUGAUACGAUAUCAAUUGCUAUCUACAUAUGUAUUUUGCCACAAGGCCUUGGUCAAUAUGCUGCCCAAAUAGGUUUUUGUGUACAAGUAUUUCCUAAAGUUAACUCCUAGGCGUAGGUCUAUUCAAUUCGAAACUCCAAUUGCCAACUCGCCAAUUCGCAAUUCCCCAAACCAAACCGAUCCGGUCCAGAAUUAAUGUGUGUUAUAUAUGUGUUUAAUCGGUGUUAUGUGCGUUAUGUAGGUUUCGAGACCCUCCACUUUCACCCAUCCACCAUAGGAGCACCUAUCCCGAUUCAGAUAAUGCUAGCUGCAAACUGUUAUGAUAACAAGGUGAAAUCCUAAGGUCUAAGGUCUAGAAAAAACAAUGUUAACAUUUUGAGAAUUUUGAGAAUAACCAUUUUGUGACCGUUGACGAUUUCAUACAUCGGGGCUACGUAUUACGUUGCUAGCCAUAUACUAUAUAUACUGUAUACACAAAGACAUACUAUAUAUUUUUUUCUUAGCGGCGGUUCCAUCUGAAUAUUGAAUAAAGCCAAUCUCGCACACGAGUUAAGUCGGGGAGACGAGAAGUCAAAUGCGAUGAGAUCGAGUUCUACGUGUAUUGGAUGUGUAUUGUAUAUUGUAGGUGUCCAUCUCCAGAUCCAAUAAAGAUUCCAAAACAAG